ACCCACAUUCUCUUCGGCGGCAGCCUUCCUUUUCAUAUCUCUGAAUUUUUUAGAUAAGCUUUUCCGAUAAUAAUCGGGGGAAAGCGUCAAAUAUGCUGGCCCGUGGCACUUCUGGGGCUGUUGUGGGUUGGCAUAGAAUGCUGAGAAAAUCACUGUUGCAUUCUUUGCCUCUUCCAUCUUCUUGUGCACUUCUUGGCCCCAACCUUCCUGAUGUUUGGGUUCCCAGACAGAACACUUCUGAUGCCCAUUUCUCAGAAAGACAAAACCUUGAGUUUGAAGGGGUGAAGUCUAAUGCUGUCAUUCUCGGAGGGAAAUCGAUUGCCCAAGACGUGAAACAAAAAGUAGCUGAAGAAAUAGGGAGAAUUAAAAGGACAAUUGGGAAGUCUCCUAAGUUGGCUGUGGUUCUUGUUGGUGAUAGAAGAGAUUCUCAGACCUUCAUCCACAUUAAGUUAAAAGCCUGUGAGCAGGCUGGCAUUGAAACAUCGGUAGCCCUCUUGCCUCAAAACUGUGAAAAAAAAGAACUACUUGAUGUUGUUACCAAUUUUAACAAAGACCCAGCUGUGCAUGGCAUCAUUGUGCAACUUCCUCUGCCCCAACAUUUGGAUGAGGAAAAUGUCAUCAACUUUGUGAGUCCAGAAAAGGAUGUGGAUGGCUUUCAUCCCUUAAAUAUAGGAAACCUUGCCGUGAAGGGACGAAAACCAUUCUUCAUUCCUUGUGCUUCUAAGAGCUGCAUUGAGUUGUUGCUUAGGCAUGGAGUGGAAAUUGGUGGAAAGAGAGCAGUUGUAAUUGGAAGAAGUAAAAUUGCGGGGUUACCCACUUCGUUGCUGUUGCAGAGGCAUCAUGCAACAGUAAGCAUGGUACAUGCAUUCACAGAGAACCCAGAGUGGGUAACAUCUGAAGCUGACAUUGUGGUAGCAGACGUUGGGAUGCCCAAUAUGAUUCGUGGCAAUUGGUUAAAACAAGGAGCGGUCGUGGUUGACAUGGGAACAAAUCAAGUUAAGCACCCCGACAAAGAAGGCUUCCGUGUCAUAGGAGAUGUUUGCUAUGAAGAGGCAAUCAAGGUGGCAUCAGCCCUUACUCCUGUGCCCGGAGGUUUGGGACCAAUAACAAUAUCAAUGCUUCUUUCCAAUACCCUUGAUGCAGCAAAACAUGCAUAUGGGUUGGUUUGAAUCAGUUGGUUGUUCCAGGAUAUAAGCUCUAUGUUGUAUCUGGCUCUGUGCAUGGAUAUUCCUAACCAUGUAAGCAAGCCAAUUCAAUGUGAAGUUUCUCUUGAAAAGCCAUUGCGUCUUGGAUGGAUCAGUAUGGGAAUCUGCAUAUAGCAGGUGCAGUAAAUUCGAGAUUCAAGUGAGUAUGGAAUCAUAAGAUUAUAAACAUUUUAAGAAAUUUGGGUGCAUUGCACAGGUUUUGCACAUCAAUGAGCCAUACUCUUAUGUAGCAUUUGAAAGCUAACCAAACUG